UCUUACCCCACUCUCCCCUACGUUUCUCCUGUCAAACAUGAGUAAUACAAAACAGCAAUAAAACUCUAAACCUGUCAUUGCUUUCUCUCUCUUUCUAGUGAAAUCAUGCACCUUACCUUCCCAUACAAGUCCAUCUUAGAUAUAGCCUUAUUUAAAGUGACUUCUUUAAAAUCCACCCUAUAGGAGCAACAGUAAACUCCCGAGACGCAUAUUUUUUUCCAGGAAGCAAAUAUAAUCGCCCCUUUCUUUUGCGUCACUCUCACGUCGCCGUCCCCCACCUAUGGAGCCCGGCCCCGCUUCAAAAAUAUGGACGUUUGAGCAAAUACAAGAGGCCUGAGUGAAGCUGAUGAAUAUUAUCAUCAUCAUCAUCAUCAUCAUCAUUGUGGGUCUUUCAGUGAGAGCAAAAGGAGGCCUUGGCAGGAAAUGGAAAAAUAAGCGUCUUACUUUGCAAUUGUAAUGACAUCGGUUCUUUUUUAGGCGGAUUUGGAAAGCUGCAUAAUUAAUCUGAAAGGUGCAAAUGUGGACGUGGAGCGUUUUCAUUAGGAAGUGAGGACCGGUGGGUUUGCAAGAUCUAUUAUUCUGAGCGGUUUCCGGGGAGUUUUAAAUAGCCUCUUCCCCAUUAUGAAUCAUUUCGUACUUAAGGCUGAAAUUAUUCAUAACAGUACCCCAUGCGUAAAGACGCGCAACACCAGUCACAAGAGACGUUGUAUGAACGUAGACGACAAUCUGGAUCCACUGUAGUGUUGAGUUUCUUGGGUAAGCCAGGAAGGCUGAGCGAUUAUUUGAUAGGCCGUGAAUAAAGUUAUAGGGCGGGCUGUAGUGAGGCUGACCGCCCUUUAAAGGAUUUGCAUGUUCAGGCUGAAUGCGCAGCUGCAGACGUGGGGGCGGGUCAGGUAGGUUGAUCAGACACGUUUGUCUCUGCGAAUCUUAAAUUUCGAUUUCUAACCUAAAAAAUGAACGACAGCUUUCCACCAUAUGUUUAAAACUGGAUCACAAGUAGAUGCAUUGUGCCUCGCUUAAUCCGUCCAGACUCAGCAACCAUGAAAUUUGGUUUCUGCACUUUUUGUAUGCAAUUAUUUCUUUUUUCUUCUUUUUUGUUAUAUUGGGAGUGAGAGCCAACGUAUGAAGUUACUCGCGUCAAAGUUAAUGUGUCGGUGCAGAACACAUGCCUUUGGAGUGGUGAACAAAACUUUUCUAGAUGUUUCUUCCUGAAUGAGAUAAGACCACAGUGGCACCAUCUGCUGUUGGAAAAGGUGCUCUGGAUAUAUUUUUGUGCAUGGAUGUCCUCUAAAGCCCCCGUGGUCACUGAUUAACCGAGCAGGAUUGGCAGGAAUCAACCAGCUUUCGUUACAUAAGGUUGCGAGUUGUAGGCCUAUGUUGUUUCAAAGAGAGACACUAAGAGUAUUUUUAGCCCUGGCAGAAAUCAGAGAACAAACACUAAACUGUUUUAGCGUAUGAAAGCCUACGUGUUCUGAUAAAAAUAGAUUUUUAAAGCCGUAUUGUCAGUCUCUUUAAAGACCUCUGGAUGGCCUAUACACACCAACAAAUGAUUCCUAACAAAAAGAUCUCAAAUCAUGGUAUAAUUGCUGAUGGGUAACAAAUUUGUCACUGUUUUUGAAACCACAUCUUUCCACCAGCGCAACAAGUUUAGCCUGUUUUCACCAGUGGUCAACAAUGACAGAUUUUCAGUGGCCGAUAGAGAGUAGGCCAACUGAUGACUGAAAUACAAUGCAAUACAACACAAUAUCAUUAUUUUGUUGUAUUUGUUGUCUUUGCAGCUGACAGACUACAACAUCUCAAUGAUACAAAAAAAUUGAGACACAAUUGUUGAACUUAAAAGUAUUUGGCUCAGUAAGGUAUGGCCACAAGGUAGUUCAGAUUUGUGCACAGCCACUUAAGUUUAUAAAAAAUAUUGAAAAUAUGAGACCGAUAUUGUUGCUGAAAAAGAAAGUUGUGAGGAAAUCUUAUUAAAAUCUAAUGUUCACAGUUAGCGUAGCCAGUAACAUGUUGUGGAUGAAUUUCUGAUGAAUUGAUGAUUUUAAAUAAACCAUUGGGAAAUGCUAUAAAGUUAAGUCUCUUAUGACUGAAUAUCAGAAACCUCAAAAGAAUUUAUGUCAGAACUUGUUUCAGAUUUCAUCUGCUGUCGCUGGGGUUUGGCUAAAGGUGUUUUCAUUUUGUAAAGCUCAUCAGUCCUGUCAAGGCUGAUGCUGAUAGAAGCAGAUUAGUUCAAAACGUUGUUAAUCAGCCUGAUUAACCGGUCUGUCUCUGAUUUUCACCCUGAAAUGUGAAGCCUGGAAGUAUCCUUACAGGUGAGAUUUUUGUUUUGGAUUUGGAAAUGGUAAAGUGAGGCACUUGAUCAAAAAGAGUAAUGACCAAAAUAAUAAGGGUGUAUGGAUGCCCUAUCAGAAAGUUUGAGUCUCUCCUCACCCAAUGGUGGGACCUUACUUCUUUUUAUACUGUCAUAAUCAUCUUUUUCUAAUUUCUUCCCUAUCCUUUUCAUUGUAUUUUUAAAGGUGACGAUUUUCUAUGGAGGACUCCAUUGAGGUGAUUCUGCAAAACCAUGGCAAGCACCUUCCUACCACCAAAGCCCAUCCCCUGGUGUCAGCCUGUACAGGCGUGGUGCUCACUGGCCUGUAUGGACUCUGGAGCCUGUUUGCUCUGCCUGGCUUUCGAAAAGUCCCCCUGAACCUCAAGGUUCUUGAGAUUCCUUUUUUUCUGUUCUUACCUGCCUGCUUUGCCUUUUUCCAAACCUUCAGCUGCAAAACACUGCACAUUCAUUUGAAAUCAAAGAUUAGAUGCCAGAUUUAACAUAACUUACAUAUUAACUAUCAUUUGUUUAUUUUGGAGCAUAGUGCUCCAUGCUAUCAACAAAUGUGGAAAAAGAAGAAAGGGGUAAGUCUAUAACUGUGAUCAUGCUUUACAUAGACCUGCAUGGUCUUAAUCUGAAAGACCUACUGUGCAGGAAUUCAUUUCUGUAAUAUAAAAGAGCUUUUGCUAUUUCUCUUUUACUGUCAGUACAAGAUGAACAAGAAAACAUGAUGAUCAGGAGCAGAAUGUCAGAAUUUGGGUAACAUAAAACUUUAUAAAUUUGAUUUUGCUCUUGCGCCUUUUGAUAAUAUUUCUCUUAUCUGUGUUUUUAUUAAAGUUGUGUCGAUGCUUUGCUCUUCCUACCUGAUACUUUGUAUCUCUUUUUUUAUAUAACACAUAAAAACAAGUUUACUGCAGAGAAAACAAGAAUUUGACAAGCUCUCAGGUUGAUCCUAGUUUAAUAUGGUCAGAGCCCUGCUGAAUUCAGAGAGAAGGAGAGAUGUGGUGUUUUAUUUGACAGUGUGUGGGAGACUAGAUUCAAGGUUAUAGUUUCAGCACUUUAAAACAUCACAUCACAGAAGUGAACUUGGUCUGAAGUAGAGAUUUUUAUAUAUGGAAAAGAAGAAAUUAUUGUUUACCUAGGAUGAAGUUACAGAGUCAGAGAUGUGAGAACUUUUCAUUGACCUUAAAUCAGACCAUUGUUCUUUUCUCACAGUUGAACUUGAUAAAAGUUGAUCUGUUAUAGUUCUCUAUUUACUGUAUACUGGCACAGUAUGAAACUCCUGUUAUCAUGACAUAUUUAAUGGCUAUUGUUUAUUUUUGCUGUGGUCCAGGUGCCUUAUUUGCCCUCAAGUAAAGAGCAGACACUGAACACUAUGAAGCUGCUUCAGGGACGAACAGGCCGCUUAGCAGAUCUGGGAUCAGGAGACGGGAGGCUGGUUAGUGUGUUGUAUCAAAACUGAAGUCCAAAUCUGUAUUUUUCAGCAUUCAAAUUCCUUUUGUAAAUUCAUUGCCUCUGUACUCAGUGGGUUACAGCAGUUUUAUUUGAUAUCAUUCAUUUGAAUUUUUCAGGUGCUUGCUGCCUCCUCAGCUGGAUUCCAGUGCACAGGGUUCGAGAUCAACUCCAUUUUAGUGACAUAUGCAAGGAACAAGGCUCGCUGGUCAGGAGUGCCCUCAAGCCAGGCAACCUUUGUGAAAAAAGACUUCUGGAAGGUAAGCCUUGACACUGAUAAUCUCUUCCUUAAUACAAAGUUCUGAAAUGGCGUGUUCGUGUCAUUUGGCUUUCAGACAGAUUUAUCGUCCUACAACAACGUGACAGCCUUCCUUGCUCCUGGGGUGGUGAGUUGCUCUGCGUUCCGAUUCGUCAGUCAUGUUGCACACAUUGUAUUUGAAUGCUAAGAAACUGACAUAGCCUUUUCUGUUUGGUUUAUAGAUGGAGGUUUUGGGUGAGAAGCUUUUGAAUGAGCUCCCUGAUGAUGCCCGGGUCGUCGCUUGUCGGUUUCCCUUCCCUGGCUGGCCAAAACAGUCGUCUGCUGGUUCUGGUCUGGACCAGACUUUUGCUUAUGAUAUAAGCAGUGUACGUUCAUACCUGAGAAAGAUGCCUGACACAGUGUGUGCAGUAAGUCCUUGUUAUGUGAUGAAAUAGGUGUUAUCUGUCAGUUUUUGUAACUCUAAAAUGAAGUCAUCCCUUCAAAAGAUGUUUUUUUUCCACAUUAAAGGGAUUAAAGGAUAAA